AUUCUUAGAACGUUAAGGCCGGUGAUGGUCCCAGCAUCCUUUGUGGCUUGGCGCUGAGAGUCAUUAAAGUAAGCAGACAUCUACGGAAAAGCCAAGGGACCCAUCAAGUUAUCGCUGAAUCACAGAGUUUUUGCACGUUUGUCUCAGGAUGAUAAGGUUAGCCCACCUGAUAUGUUUUGCUGGCUUCUUUCUACAAUUUGAAGCUCAGGCUAAUUUCCUAACAUGUCUCGCUCACCCUACCUACAGACCGGCAGAAAACUCUGACAUCACAGUGACGUGUGGAACCAAUUAUAUGUAUUUAAGAGUCCUGCUAUGUCCAAUGUACUUUGCGGGAUACAAUGAAUCUCUCAUGGCCCUCAAUGCUAAAUUCAGCAACCCAUCCUGCCUUGGAGUCGCAGACUGGACAGCCAAUCCUCCUGUUGUAAAUUUCAAUUUCUCAAUCUCUCAGGAGUCACUGACUCUCUGUGGCAACAGUUUGAAUAUCAUAAGUCAGUUGGGUUCUGGGGCAUUCUCAGAUUUCUCCCAAGUCCAGACUGUCAAUAUCUCUGGAUUAAUCAACUCCUGGGAUAUCAGCAUCUCCACUAUCAGUUACAGACAACAACUCAUGUACCAGUUUUCUUGCAUGUAUCCACUGCAGUAUGUAGUCAACAACACACAGCUCAGCGUGUCAGGAGUGAGUGUUGCUAUCAAGGACAACAAUGGUACUUUUGUCAGUACUUUAAGCAUGGGUCUUUACACUACUGCCAACUACACUACUAAACUCCAGAUACCAGCAAGUGGGCUGCAGUUGAAAACUCGAGUAUACGUUCAGGUUAAGGCAACAAAUCUCACGAACAAGUUCAACGUGUUGCUGGAUCGCUGCUACGCCACAGUGAGCCCAUAUCCAGUCAGCAGCACCUCCUAUGAUCUUUUUAUCGGAUGUACUCGUGAUGAUCAGACAAAGGUUGAAAGGAACGGGGUAUCUCAGGAAGCUCUUUUCUCCUUUGAGGCCUUUCGCUUUGUGCAACAUAAGAACCUGACUGUCUCCACUUUCUAUCUGCAUUGUAUUACCCGUCUCUGUGAGAACUCCACUUGCGCCUCAUUGAUUCCGACAUGCAAGAGAAAGAGGGAAAUACAAGCUCCACUAAACACAAGCGAAGUGGCCACCGUUUCCUCAGGACAAAUCAGAACCAGAGUUGACAAUGGCCCUGUGACCUCUCAAUACAAAUCAGGAUCCAUUCGCCAUGAAAUGACAUUCGUUGGCUUAGCCACUGGCCUGCUCAGCUUCUCUCUGCUAGAUUGGUUGUCUCCAUGGUAACCUGCAUCAGGAAGUGGAUGUUUCUAAUACCACACAGCACGAUGUAAUGACUUCCUUAUGUUUUGAGAAUGUAACAAAAAUGGUAGCGACGUAUUAGCCAUUAAGUUGCUAAUUUCAUGUGGUAGAUGAAACAUAUUGUUAUAUAAUCUUAUAGACAAAGAAACAUGUUUACAA